UACAGAUGUUUGCGUUUGUACAAGAGGGGUUAUGUUUGGAAAGAAACAAAUAAUUCUAAUAUGAAACAAUUUAGUAUAUUAAUUUAUGUUUAAUUAUAAAAGAAUGAAGUUCCUACAGAGACUGUAACGCAUGUUUAAGUAUAUCGAGGGUGUAUAAUGGGGAUUAUGAUCUAUUUUGAGAAUGCGAAAAUUUGGUUGGGUUCCGUCCAAAGGUUAAGGUUUUGAGCAUGAGUUAAAUCCAUUCGGGAAAAGAAGUUCCCGCCUAACGUGCUACUGACAUGGACGAAUUUAAAUUAAGAGCUGGGGAGAAAUUCGAUGCACUUCACGAGGCAGCUAAAGCAGCGGCAAAUGGAGGAAAGAAUAGAGUACAGGAUGUCGCUUCACAAACAACUGAACUUGUUAGAAGGAUACGUGAAGCCUUUCAAGAGUUAUGGCAGAAUGAGUUGUUUGUAGAGAGUAGAGAACGAGUUCUUGUGUGGACGAAGGAUGCAGUUCAGCGGAUCAAAGAUGGCGCUCCUCCCCUAUCACCCGUAUUGUUGUAUGAAGAACUGGUGGCUUUAUUCAAAGAUAGAAUGUGGCGUCGUAGCGUGGCUCUGUUCGCGUGCGGCGCGCUGGUGGGCGGGGGCGCGGGGCUGGUGCUGGGGCUGCGCGCGGCGGGCCGCUCGCCGGCGGGCCCGCACGCCCGCGCACUCCUCGCACAGCCCGAUAGAACGGUACUGCUCGUAGAUGACGCUGUAACACCAGGGGCGGGUCCAGGCGAGGUACUGAUACGUGUGCAGGCGUUCAGUGUGUGUGCGUGCGACCGCGCGGUACUCCGCGGGCGCGCCGCCGCGCUGCGCCCGCUCGUUACACGCUCACCGCUUACUAUCGGACGGGGAUUCGCUGGUGUAGUAUUAGACGCUGGCCCGGGGGUUUCGUUAGAGCUAGGGGAUGAAGUAUGGGGCUGCGUUAGUGAGUGGAGUGGAGGUGCUGCAACUGAGCUGCUAACCAUCAGAAGUACACGUGUCAGCAAACGUCCUCGAGGGUUGGCAGCGGAUGCCGCGGCGUCUCUACCCUGGGCGGGGACUCUGUCGUUAGAAGCAUUGGAUAAAGCUCCAUAUGGACUUGAAGGAUGGAAGGGAAAACGGUCGGUAGUAAAGGGCCUGUCCCAGCACUUGCUGAUAGAGGCUCAGAUAGCUAAAAAAACGUCACUGUCAGAUAAGGGAACAAAAUCCGAUAUAUUCAUUACUUUUACACGUUGGAUGUUUUCAGACUAUUUACAAUUUGGUGGGACAUGCCCUAAAUGUACUAAUAUUUUGUACACCUGUAACACACCUACAGGAGGCAGAGUCCGCAAAAAAUCAGAAGUUUUGUGGAACCAUAAAGCAAUUUUAAUUUUACUCUAAGAGGCAAUAGAUGUCGCUAUUAUCAAUUUAAACGUCA